GGGAUCUUGACCCCACCGUUGUCAUCUCCUUUACCCCUUUGUCCCAGUGGAUAAAAUGGUCGGCUCGCCCCGGGCAUGUUCAUCACUAUUCAUGUGCCAAUCAACUUAAUCGUUUUACACUCUUUUCUGUCGACGACUCUGUGUAUUCACUCGUUCAUCACCUCACAUCACCGCCCCCCGUCACCCAACGGCCAAAAUAAUAAUCAUGCACUCCUUCACACUCCUUUCCGCCCUUGCCGGCGCGUCUCUCGUUCUCGCCCAACCCCUCGAGGCUCCCGCUGCCGCACCUCAGAUCACUGCCGCCCCUGAUGCCAGACUCGUCAAGCCCGCCCUGGAACACCGUCAGGAGAACAGCGAGGAGUGCGAGUCCAAGGCAGCCGAAAUCUUCGAGGACCAGGUCGGGAUGGAAAUCAGCAACAGCGUGGCGAGGUGGUUGAUGAGCAAGGCUGAAUCCAUUCAAACGCUUUCCAUCGGGGACGAAGGAUAUGUCAGCGGAUACUGCUCCGUCGCUUUCCAAACCAGCAUCGACGCUCCCGCCCCCAUCUCGUCGGCCUACGUGUCGUUCUUGAGCAAGUCUGCGUCCUGGGUGAACGAGGUCAAGCCCACCGUCACGAGCCUGGCUCAGAGCUGCGGCGGCGCCGUGAGCGCCGGCCUUGGCCUUGUGCUCGCCACCGACUUCGACUCCUGCACCUCCGCCUACGACGCGUAUAUCGAUGCCGCACUGGCUGCCGAUAACACCAGCAGCCCGGGAGCAAGCAGCACGGGAGCUUCGCCCACCCCGAGCACUACCGCACAGCCCACCGGGACCACUCCCAGCGACGACAACAUCGACGACGCUGAGGCUAACGACGUAACCGACGGGGAGUCGACCAGCACAUCAACCGGUGGCGCACCGCGAGAGACCGGAUUCGCCGUCGCUGCUGCGGCCGCCGUGGUAGCUGUUGCUGGUGCCAUGGUGGCUCUGUAAGGGAAGGGAGAUGCACGGGAAUGAGAUGUAUAUAUGUAUCGAUGUAAUUAGUAACUAAUUAUUGUCUCAUGAGGGCGGAUAUCUGAUUUCUA